AUGGACGAGCGGCAUUUCCUCUCUUUCGCAUCAUCAGGGCCUUUACCCGAUGAUGAUCAGUCAUUUCACAGUCCCAUACAACCGCACAUCGAUACACUAUUUGCAGAGUUUGCCAGGUCUCGCCCCAGUCCAUCAUCUCCUCGCUCACCCAUUGGUCCAGCCUCAAUCAACCGCCGCUCUCGGUCCCGCAGUCCUCGCCCGGAGCAGGCCACGCCAAAACUCGACCUCCGCUCCCUCGACUAUGUCUCUGACUACGAUUCACACCUGAUGUGUCCUAUCUGCCAUGUCCCGUUUCUCGAUCCCGUUGUCCUCGAGUGCGACCAUACCUUCUGUCACGCCUGUCUGACGGAAUACCGCGAUGGCUUGGCCAGUCCAACCAGAUCACAAUGUCCCACAUGUCGCACCUUUCUUCUCUCACCUCCUCGGAAGGCCUCGAGAUUAAUCGUCAACAUGUGUAAUGAUAUCCCCGUCCGCUGUCCCAACCACGAUUGUGAGGAUAGCAUUCCACGAGGCUGCAUCGAAAUACAUGCCACUAAAGAAUGCCCACACCAACAGUUACGCUGUCCAGGCUCAGAGUGCGGGAAGUCCAUCAAAAGGAAGAAUUUCGUACCUGAUCAAUGUAUCCAUACCUCUCAUAUAGAAUGCGACUGCGGUCUCAUCAUCGAAUUGGGGAGGGGCGAAUGGCUCAGACAUAAGGACGAGGAAUGUCCGAAUACUGGCGUCAAAUGUCAAAAGUGCGAUCGGAGGAUAUCUGCUAAAAACUAUGUCAAUGGUGCUACUGGCCACAUUUGCAACGAGGACGAGUCUCAUCUCUGUCCAGGAAAGCCUUUUGGAUGUACCGAUCAAUUUGAUCCAGACGACAUAGUUACACAUACGGACUCAUGCCCUCUCGCACGACUGGCUCCUUUUCUCAACAAACAAUCUAAGCUAUUGAGUUCUCUUCAAGAGCAACUGACUAUGGCCAAAAUCCGGAAUGAAGUCCUUGAGACAGGCUUCGACAAGAUCCACGACAUUAUUAAUGAUCGAGUCUUGCCUUACAUCCAUUCAGACCAAUCCCCCCCUGGUGAAGCGUCUGACAUCGAGGAGAUCGAGCGAGAUCAUAUCCCCUCGGCUAUUUCUCAUCGAGACCUUCUGAUGCCUGCUCAUCUCCGUGCUUUGACCCCUUCUCCAGAUCCCGAGGCUUCAUCAAUAUCACAAACACAACAACAUUUGCUUGCCUUGCAUGAAUCUCUACGUGGGAACGUCACCACUCUCGAACGGGAUCUUUCCACCAUGUCCAAUAUCAUUUCCGACCUGGAUGCUCGUACAUCCAUGCAACUCAUGAAUGAAACUCUUCGCAUCAAGGAAGACCUCGCCCAUACGAAUGCGGCCCUUUUUAGCACAAGAGCACAGGUCCAGUGGCUUUUAAAUCGUGAGCGAGUAGGUCAACAGCAGCAAGCAAUGGGAAUGCGUGGUCGAGCGCCAUCUACUCAACCCCAAGGCCAAAAUGGUCCGCACUCUACCAGAAGUUCCAUGUCAGAAGGCAAUGAUCCAUCUGCCCAGGCUCCAAACUCCGAUGCUCAUGCUCCAAUAUCAAGUGUUGGUCAAAGCCCGAGCUUUCGACCUCAAAUGAGAAGGCUCAGCGGCAGUCAAGAAAGGGUGAAGCUCUAA